AUGUCCACCACAGUCACCGAGUCUGUUACUAUUCCACAGGUCAACGUCCGCAUGCGCCUGGACGGAAAGGAUCCUACGUUUGGAGACUUCCGUGAUGACCUCGCAAGGGAUGGCUUUGCUGUCGUAAAGGGAGCUGUUCCGAAGGAGCGGGCACUGAAGUACGCUGAUGAAAUGUACUCAUGGCUAGAGGGCUUCAAUCUCGGCUUCGACCGCAAUGAUCAAAGCACCGUCCAUAAAGACCGCCUACCACUCAUCAACGAGAAAGGCAUGUGCAUGCACUACGGUGUAGCCCACGAGAAGUUCGUCUGGGACGUCCGCAGCGAGCCAGGCGUGGUCUCCGCAUUCGAGAAAGUCUACAACGACAAAGACCUUAUUGUCUCCUUUGACGCAAUCAACUUCGGCUUUCCCAACCGCACCGAUCUCCCUCCAAACAAACCCUGGCCACACCAGGACCAAGACCCAGAGAAGCCCGACUUCCGCUGUCUCCAAGGGCUCGUCAACCUGCUCCCCAACGGCUCCUCCGACGGCGGCCUGAUCGUCUGCCGCGGCGCGCACCUCCUCUCAUCAGAAUUCCACCACGACAUGAAAGACGAAGCGCGCAUCCCAGCCUGGACACCCGAGUGGUACGGGUUCACCUCGAACGGGAUGAAAUGGCUCGAGGAGCGGAACUGCGAAUGGGUCAAGGUGUGCGCUGAGCCGGGCGAUCUUCUCCUCUGGGACUCGCGGACGCCGCACUACAAUCUCAGCCCCGAGGGCUCAACGCCGCGGUUCUGCAUCUAUACCUGCUACAUGCCUGUUGCGGAUGCGACGCAGGAGGAUCUGGGGAGGAAGAAAGAGGCGUAUCAGAACUGGCUGGGCACGACGCAUUGGCCGAAUGCGAAGCAUACGGGGUCGAAUGUUGCGAAGCGUGAUGGAGUGGAGUGCCCGUAUAAUCGCUUCAAACCGGUUGUUGGGCCGGUGUUAGGGGAGAGAGCGUUUAAGUUGACGGGGAUUCCGUAUCUCAAGAGUCAGGCAUAG